AGGCAUCAUCAACUGCAUCUAUCACUCAUCAAAAGGAUCAGUAAUCAUUGGCAAAGUUCUGACUCUUCUCAACCUUGACCUCGGAAGGCGAAGUGGUGUUAAUAUUCUAUAUCUAUCAACCUCAAAAUCAAAAUCAAAAGCAUAAACAAAAUCAAAAUUCAAAUCACAAUACCUCGUUGAUAUUCGGGUGAGACAGCACCAGGAACAACAAUGGCCAAGGGAUUCAGGGAACUGCUUGGCGUCGCGCCAUCCGCAGCCUCCACCAAAGACAGUGUCUUGAUUAUCAUCGACGCCCAGAACGAAUAUGCCACCGGUCACUUGAAGACAGAGAAUGUAGACUCUACCCGCAAAGCCAUCCACACUCUCCUCGAGAAAUACCGCGCAGCCGGCGCUCCUAUCGUCCACGUCCUGCACGAUACACCCGCCGGUGCACCAGUCUUCACGCCCGGAACUGACCUCGCCAAGGAGUUCUCCGAGCUCACACCCAAAGAUGGCGAAAAGGUUAUCCAUAAGCUACAGCCUGGCUCCUUUACAGGAACGGGCUUGGAUGCCUACUUAAAGACAACGAGCAAGCUUAAGCUGGUAUUGACCGGAUACAUGGCCCAUGUAUGUGUCAGUACCACUGCUAGGCAGGCUGCUGAGAGGGGCUAUGAUGUGGUUAUCGCCGAGGAUGCUGUUGGCGAUAGGGAUAUUCCGGGGGCGAAGGCAGCGGAUGUGGUCAAAAUGUCUCUCGCAGAGUUGGCAGAUGCUUUUGGGAGUGUUGUCAAGGCCAGCACCAUAAACUAAAUAGUCCCUGAACUGGUGUAUAGUAGGGCUAAACGAUUCUUUGCAUUGUCGUUCAAGCUUCGUCACAGCGACUUUUUGAACAACUGUAAAUGCCCCCAAGGCCCCCGGUUCCCUCGAACUGUGGAUGUUAUUCAAACUCGAGGAGAAUGGCGCAACUCUGAUAUUCAGGCGAGGGUUUCGACAUGAACCGCUUUAUCAAGGCUUGGCAGCCUCCGAUACCUUCCUCCAAUAUAUCUUGGUAUCCGAGAAAUCAUGUCGAACCUGCGGAAAGUCGAUCUCGUCACAAUCCUGGACCAUCUCUUCCAAACUUUUCGCAACUAUAUCCGUCGUCUCUGACAGAUUAAAUUUCCCAAAAUUAGCAACAUCCGUUC